AUGGCAGUCAAGACACACACUUGGAUUUCUCUUUGGUUUCUCAUAACCGUUCCCGUUGUUGCCUGGGACGUGGGGUAUUGCUUUAUGCGGCCUCGUUCGAUGAAGGGUGGCGACCUUCAUUGGAUCUGGAAACCAUACGCGCUUUAUCAAGAGAUACUUUUUAAAAAGAUCUAUGGGCUGCCCGCCCUCAACUCAAAGAAUGGAUUCACGAACGCCCAAGCUUUGUUGAACGUCAUUGAAACCUUCAUGAACAUAGCAUAUCUCUACCUGGCCCAUGUGGCUGCUUGGCCGCCAGCAACCCUUAUCGGUUUUGGUGCGGCUUUGAUGACGCUCUCCAAGACGGUAUUAUAUGGGGUGCAGGAGUAUUAUUGCGGUUAUUGCGCGGUCGGGCAUAACGAUUUCAAGACGCUCUUCGUGUACUGGGUCAUCCCCAAUGGGCUCUGGAUUGUGUUUCCUAUCCUUAUCGUCGCUCAAUUGGGCAAGGACCUGGUAGAUUCGCUGAAUCUUGCGGCGAAGGCAGAAGAGAAGUUCGUAUCCAAGAAAAUCAAGUAA